CUUUUCUUUUUUAGAUACCAUAAGGGGAAGAGAAAGCAGAAAGACUCACAAAACGAGACAAGGGAAAGUAACCAUGGAGGAGGGAUAAGAUGAUCAAUAUCUAAUUAAUAUGAAAAGAAGAAAGUGAAGGGGCACUGGUAAAAACAAAGUAUCAAAUGCAAAUACUGGGGUCUGUGUUUUGAUCUGAAGUGGGGUUUGUUUUUUGUCUGUGAUUUCAUGAAUGGUCCCAGAACCUAACAGAACCAGGGUUCUGAUCAAGCAGGAGAGGAGAAAACAAAAGGAAUACUUUGAAAGGAACAGGUUAAAAUCAAAAAUGAAAUUACUGGGAGUUUUGUCCCCUGCAAAAAAUUCCACUGCCAGUUUAGACCUCCUUAACCUAUAUAUGGUAAAUCAGAUAUCUUGUAAGAAGAAAACACCUGAAACUGUAAAAAAACCAUUCCAUGUGAAUAUGAAUAGCAACAUAAAAAUGCUUCCAAAGAAACGUGAAUUAGAACUUCCAAUGUCACCUCAUUGUACACCUUCUAAACUCUGCCUUGAUGAUGUAGAAAACAAUAUACACUAUCAAAAACUAGGUAACAAGGAAGAACUUGGCCAAGUUCAGUUAUCUCAAGUGAAGAACUCAUACAGUAUGUUUGAACCUCAGUUCAGCAGAAUAGAAAAGUGCAAUUUUACUCCACCAUCUUUUUCAGCAGAAUUACCUUCUCACAGACAUAUUCCAAAACAAAAUUUAAUUCCCAGAAUAGCAUCUAGUCCUCAGAAACUUGAAUAUGAAAAAAAGCAAGAUGGGCAGCUGAACAAUGUGGAUUGUUCUAAUUCUUUGGUUUCCAAAAUAAAUGAAAGUCAAGAUGACCUCAGUUCAUCAUAUAAACUAGCACAAUUUGAAAGAUUAAACAG